UUACCGGCAAAGUUUCGAUGGACGGAAGUUUAUUGAAAUAUAUACCGCGCGCCGAUGUCGUUCUUCGUCGAUAUCGUGACAGAAGAUUCGUUUUACGAGAAUCUCACGCUGGGCGUGGUGAAGAUCCUCGAAAGUUUUCCGUACGUGAAAAAUGUACGAGUCGAGCAUAGAAACGGAUGCGAGAAUGCGGCUAUCACCAGCUGGGAGCAACGUCAUUGUUGCACGCUCCCGGAGGACGUCAGGAACUUCUACGCUUCGAUCGACGGCUUCUUGCUUCAAUGGAAUCUCGAGAUAGCAGGUGAAGAAUUCCCGGUAGGACGCAUGGAAAUUGGCACCCUUUCUUCCUUGAAACGGUACACCAAUGUCCAGAAAGAGACGGAGGUCACAAGUAAGCAAGGUCAGGGUGACGCUCGCAAACCUACUGACUCUGACGCCGUUUCCGGGACUUCGAACGAUUUCGAGAACAUCGAGAGCAUGAUGGAAAAUAGUCAGGGAUGUAAGAUGUUCGAAAUCGCGAAAUGCUUUCCAGAGAGUGGGAUGGCCAAGGUGUACUUGGUUUAUCGGAUUAAACCGGAAAUGGAAUUACCGACCAUCUGGUUGCAUCGAGAGGACAAAAAUCGAUGGUGUCACUUAACGGACAGUUUUACGGUGUACUUUCGUAUGAUGUUAGUCCAUCUCGGACUUCCAUUAUGGCAAUGUUGCGUGGCUGGUAUGAGCCUGCCCACCUGGGUCGAGCAAAUCUACUUUUUGGUCGGUCCGCAUCUACUUCCUUCGACCGUCGAGCCCACGGAGACCAUCUCCACGGCCAUGUGGAACAACGGGCCCACAAAUAUUAUCGAUUCAGCCAUUUUCAAAACCAAGGAAGGAAAACACAAGAGCUCCAGAAAGAAAUAAUUUUCGUGGUCUC